ACACGCAACCCCUUCCCCCGCGGCGGAAGCGAGCCGGGGAGGGGCGCGCCGCGGGUGCCGCAGCGUAACCCUUCCGGGCGGGGCGGCCGCUGCCGGGCGGGUCCCGCGGCGCGAUGGAGUGAGGCGAGGCGCGGCGGCCGUCGCGGGAGCAGCGGGGCCUCGCCCUUCUCCGCAGGCGGGCCGGGGCUAUGCGAGGGCCGCGCUGCCGCCUGCCCUAGGCCCGGGCCCGGCGGGGGGGAGCGGCUGAGCGGCUGCGGGGCCCGAUGCGGGAGUACAAGGUGGUGGUGCUGGGCAGCGGGGGGGUGGGGAAGUCCGCCCUGACGGUGCAGUUCGUCACCGGGACCUUCAUCGAGAAGUACGACCCCACCAUCGAGGACUUCUACCGCAAGGAGAUCGAGGUGGACUCGUCCCCCUCGGUGCUGGAGAUCCUGGACACGGCGGGCACCGAGCAGUUCGCCUCCAUGCGCGACCUCUACAUCAAGAACGGGCAGGGCUUCAUCCUCGUCUACAGCCUGGUCAAUCAGCAGUCCUUCCAGGACAUCAAGCCAAUGAGGGACCAGAUUGUCCGGGUGAAGAGAUACGAGAAAGUUCCUCUGAUCCUAGUGGGAAAUAAAGUGGAUCUGGAGUCGGAGAGGGAGGUCUUGUCUGCAGAAGGCAGAGCUCUGGCUCAGGAGUGGGGCUGUCCCUUCAUGGAGACGUCAGCCAAGAGCAAAACAAUGGUGGAUGAACUGUUUGCUGAGAUCGUCAGGCAAAUGAACUAUGCCUCCCUGCCUGAAAAACAAGAUCAGUGUUGUACAACUUGCAUCGUCCAGUGAGAGAAAUUAAGAAAAACCUCAGUCAUGGCCAUACAGAGCAG